AUGGAUAUAGACGUUAGUAAAGAAAAUAUACAACCAUUGCGAGGAGGUAGAAAUCUUUUACAGCUGGGAACUGCAUUGCAAGCCCAAUCGGAUGUCGACGCUCAAAGACAGCUUCAGUUGCAAAAAGAGGAACAUGAAGCAGCUAUCAGGCAAUAUCAAGGCAUGGACCCCUUGGAACCAUGGUUUAACUAUAUCCAGUGGGUUGAACAGUCAUACCCCAAGCAUGGCCAUGAAGGGCAUAUAGACAAAUUAAUAAAAGAUUGUUUACAAUUAUUUGAAAAGGAUGAAAGAUAUUAUCAAGAUAGAAGACUUGUAAAGCUGUGGAUAAAAUAUGUGGAUUGUUUAUCAAAUCCUUUGGAGAUAUACCAGAGGCUAUACAAUACAGGCAUUGGUGUGGAAUGCUCAGAAUUUUACCGUGCCUGGGCAUGCUACUGUGAAGAAUCUGGUGAUUACAAGAAGGCUAACCAAGUGUAUAUGUUGGGUCUUCAAGCAAAAGCUCAGCCAUUGGAUGAACUUGAACAAGCACACAUGAAUUUCCAGUUAUUUUUUGCCCAAAGAAUGUUGCAUGAUGAUUCUCCGACAAAAAGGAAGGCAGCAUCUGCUCUGGCCGAAACAAGAAUGGCCCUUACAUCACUGAAGUCAUUUAAAAGGCGCAAUAUUGCUAAUGUGCCAGUUCAAAGAGUAGGAGAGAGCAUAAGGAGCAUUGUGCCAGGGGUAGUAAGGCAACAGCCUGGAGGUUCAGAGAGAAGGAUGCCUAAUUCAAACAUUAUGGUGAAUGUGUAUGAGGAUGCUCCUUCUACUUCGGGCGUCGCAAUUCCGGUUGCGGAAGAUCCUGGCCCAGCUUCUUUAGUUCAAGCUUGUAGUAACGUCGAGAAUGAAAAAGAAAUUGGGAUGUGGACAAAUCCCAAGACAAAAAUGGUUCACACUAAUGUUGUACCACAUCAACCAUUACCGUUUACACCUUAUGAAGAUGAGGAUGAUGUCUUGAAGCUACCACCAAACCACUCGUCGUAUUGUAUGGAUGACCUAACAUUUAAUGUGCCUCUAUGUGUACCUGACCCGACAGAUCCGACAAAAAUUCCUUGUUAUAAUAAGUCCGAGGUUUAUGUAAGCGAUAUAGAAUACAGUUUAGAAGAAAUAAGAUCAAGGAAAUAUAACCUAGAAAGGAAAACUAAGACUGCAAAUGUAGAAAAUGUUGAUAUGCAACAGAGUUACAAUGUCAAUGAGGCUCUGGCACAAUGUAGUGCUUUAGAAACACUAGCUAACUGUGCUUUAGACACAGAACAAGAUCAUUUAGGGCAGCUUAUGCCUUUAUCAAUACCUUCUCUACAAAAUAUCACCAAAGUGACAAAUAUGCAUUCGCCUGGUGAACCUAGAGUCUUAGUUAACUUGGAUUCCAAAGAAUUGAGUGAGCAUGAUGUUAAGAGAAGUGAUGAUAACCAAAAGUCGUCUUCUUCCUCAUCUGACAAAGAAAAUCAAGUGGAGAAAAUGAGCACUUCCUGUGACAAUUUCACUCCUGAUAAUGCGGGAGAAAAUUAUGCUAAAAACAACUUGAUGGAGGAAUUCAAUAGAAGCUUAAUCAGCAACCUACUUGGUGACUCUGUAACAGUUAAUACAAAGGAGGCGCGGUGGGAACUAAGAAACAUAUUCAAUGACAAUGAGGCAUCUCUGGUGCAGCCAGUCGUUCAACAGUUUGAUGUGCCAAAGUUUGAUAUCCAUGAAGAUAGGUCAAUCACUAUGGCCAUUAAUACCAAAAAGAAUUAUGAUAUUGCUGAUGUAAGGAGCAUGCCAGAGGACAAGGAAAAUGCUAACCAAUUUAAUGCUCCUCCCACAGUAAAUGUCACUCAACAGGUAAACAAAACUGCUUAUUAUGAAGAGCCUUCUUGCACACAAGUGUUUAAUUUUAACAUAAAGGAUGCGAGCACACCAAAUAUGUUACAAUUCAAAAAGCCAUCCAGCUGUAUUGACCAGUCAAAUAAAUACCCUUCCGUGCCAAAAUUUAGUAUGGAUGAAAGUGUUGUUGAACAUUCAGAUCAUGCCACUGGGAAAAGGGAUGAGUUCUCACGACAACACGCAACUGACCAACAUGCUACUGUUGAAAAUCAAGGCGCUGGAUUAUCUGUUAUAAUGGAGGCAACUAGAGAAUAUAAUAGUAAAUCAGGGUCAAGUUCAUCAGGGCAAUCAAUAAGAACAAAUUUCACAGGGUAUACAACUAAUUUCGAUUCCAUGUACAAUAACCACAAUGAUCCAUCACAGCAAGGUACUGCGACCAAGAAAAAUUCUGUAUCCACGCAACCCAGACUACCUAAUGGACAGUUUUCACGGAUUUACCCACAGAAGCGGGAAUCUCAAGAAAAUAAACCAGUGCCGCCGUCCACAUCAGUGCCUUAUCAAUCCCAUGACCAUCAGUAUCAAAAAUCUGGCUCUUCUACUUAUAAUGGAUUUACGCCACAAAGAUCAAUGCAUAAUCAAUACCAACAAGGAUUCAGCUACAAUCAACAGACAUAUGCGAACAACCAAAUGAUGACACAACAACAGCAGAACUAUCAAAGUCCUAACCCAAAUGCUUAUCAUAGUCCACAACACCCUGGUAUGCAGAGUCCUCACGAAGUCAAUGCACCUGUUCCAGCAGGUUUCCAAAGUCCCACCUAUUCAAAUCAAAUGGGAUAUCAUAGCCCAGGACAUGUCAUGAUGAGUCCUCAACAUGGAUAUGCAAACAGACAGGAGUUUCAUUAUGCUAGUCAAUCCGAACGACAGCAUAUAUAUGCUAACCAAUCACCGCAACAACCCGCAGUAUUCCAAAGCCCUCCACAUCAAACUCAGUAUCAAAACCCACAAUAUUAUCAAAGAUCAAGUCAGAUAACAGCACAAAACCAAGUUUACAGCCAACAAAACUAUCACAGUAUGCAUAACCAGUAUAACAGUGUGAAUAUUUAUUGCAGUCCUAACCAACAUCUUAACAGUCCAAACUUUAAUACAGUACAGACAGCAUACAGACAGUCACCAAAACAAAACAUAGAAAAUAACUCUCCUGCAUAUGCCAUUGCAAACAACCAAAUGGCAAACAAUCAGUCAUUUCAGAUUUACCAAAGUCCACAGACUCCUCAAAACAAUUACAGAAAUGCUUCAGUACACAAUAGUAUGACUCAAGAAAAUGAACAAAUGAGACAGGAUACUCCAAACAAUGCUUCCUCGAGAGGUCCAGAAUCUGGAGAAGUUGAUAAGAACGGUAGCAACAAUAAGAGUCCGCAGUCCAAAAAUUCAGCCUCGCGAAAGAGUCCCUCCGCUUUAAGAAACAUUAGGCAUGACCAACCUAAUGUAAAACAUACUCAAAUCACUUCUGACGUAGGAUUUUCAAAUCAGUUCCUCAACUUUAUUUCUAAUCGUAAUGAACCUAAAGACAACGCCAAUACCCCUAAGUUUACUAACAGUCCCAGUAUUUCACAAAAGAUGCAUAAGAAUCUAUAUGUUUCAAGCCCCGAGCAGGCACAAAUACCUCCUUCAUCUGGUAUGUCUGACUCGGACAGUAAAGAUGGUAUGACAGCUCAAACUGCUACACCAAUCCAAUCCGCUCAAGUAUUUCACAGUAUUGAAAAGCAAAAAGAUAUAUCCAAGAGACAACUAGACUUCGAGCAAAGAGCCGAAAUUCAAUCGGAAGAUAGCCGAGAUUCUGUCAGUAAGGACAGCAGAAUCUCAUCUGUUUAUUCAAGAAAAUCUGAUUUCCAAUCAGAUGGAUAUGGUAUGGAUGUAGAUAGUGAGAAUUCAAUGGAAUGUGCAGCAUUCAAAUCUACACACUCUAUUUCUUUAGUGGAAACCAGUGAUAUACCAAGACCAGCAGAUAUUGAUUUCCCAUCAGUGAUUGAUCCAUUUAACAAGAAGCUUAUAGCUUCACUAUUGGAAUAUGUUAAAUUUCCUAAUAAAACUCAUGCUGAAGGGUACAUUGAAGUACGAUCCAUUCCAAAAUUACAAAUAGCUACUAUGAUAAGUGUUGGUAAUAACAAAUUUUCUAUUGAAAAACAGUUGGGUAAAGGAAAUUAUGGUGCCGUGUUCUUAUGCUUGGACGUGAACAGAAAUAAAUCUGCGGCUAUUAAGUAUCAAAAACCUAGUCGUCCAUGGGAAUUUUAUAUCUGCCAAGAAAUAAAAGCGAGAAUAAAAGAUCCAUUUAUGCUUCCAGGGUACAUGGAUAUAACAACUGCUUUCUUAGGUGAUAACGCAAGCUUAUUUGUAUCGGAAUAUUCCAAAUAUGGGUCUCUUUUGGAUGUUGCCAACAAAGUUAGAAUUGCUACCUCAAAAUGUAUAAACGAGUCCAUUGUUAUCCUGCUGACAUCUGAAAUACUAUCCAUAGUGCACUAUCUUCAUAAAGCACAGAUUAUUCAUGCAGACAUCAAACCUGAUAAUUUCUUACUUAUGAAAAUCCCUACUCAAGAAUGGAGGACUCCAUCUCUGCAAUUAAUUGACUUUGGUUGUGCAAUAGACAUGUCUUUAUUUCCAGAAGGUACAACAUUUAGAGAGUUAAUUUCUACUGAAGGAUUCACAUGCACUGAAAUGAGGGAAGGAAAACCAUGGACUUAUCAAACAGAUUUAUACUGCUUAGCUGGUACAAUACAUGUUAUUUUGAUGGGAAGCUACAUGAAAGUUGCCAAUCGUCUUGGUCAAUGGAAUAUUGACAAAAAACUACCAAGGUACUUGAAUGUCACUUUAUGGGACAAAAUAUUCACAACUCUACUUAACAUACCAGACUGCAAAAACUUACCAGAUUUAAUGGAUCUCAAGAAUGAGGUGGACAGUGUACUGAAUAAAAUUGAUGAUAAUCUUAGCUCUCAACUUCGUAACUUUGCUAAUAUUCUUAAGGAUAGAUAA